AUGGCGCCCAGAAUCCAGCUUCCGGAUCUCACUUCAGCAGACGACUCUUCCGACAACGAAUCCCCUCCUUCAACUCCACCGCGCAUCGCUUCGCCGCCGCCCGCCCGCACUGCACCUCCACCGCCACAACUACCACCAGUCAACGACACACAUCCACCAGGCAGCCCGCUUCCCGACACUGAGACCGGGUCUCCGCCAAGAAGCGCAACGCCAAACAGCGACGAUGAGACCGAAGCAGACGAAGGCGACUACACACUGGCUUUCUGGGAAUUCGAGUACCUUGUCUCACGCCGCAAAGACCUGGAGCCAGGUUGGGACAUCUGGAUGAGAUUAUACGAUCGGUUCUGGGCAGACGAUCCGUCCAAAUGGGCAUAUCGCAAUGAGCUCAAGCUUGUCAUCAAUUUUCAGCGCGAGGUGACGAUAGAUAUCCCGCAGACAGGGGCAGAGUCGAAGUGGUUCCAGCGAGUACGAGAGAGAUGCGGCAUUUGCCUCGAGCGCAUUGGAUAUCCCUGGGCGGCGAAGUGCGGCCAUGUUGCCUGCGGAACGUGCAUGCUGAAAUGGUUUGUUGAGAAUGGUACUUGUCCGUUUUGUCGCGAAGAGCUUUGGCUGAACGAGUUCACCAAGCUGUGGUUCACGUCAUUUUGUAAGCAACUCAUACGCUGGGGUCAGUUCUUCGAUGAGGAGACGAAGUCGGUUGCCGAGAAGAAUCAGCUGUUCAUCGGGGUUGGAGGAGUCCGGAAGAAGCGUCGGCUGGCUCACACAGUCUUCUUACAGCACAAUGGCACUGGAAUCAACGCAAUAGCAUCAAGCGUGGACUUCGUAGAAGAAGCAAGAGAUAUGUGCACAUUGAUCAAGGCAUUUGUCAAUCUUUCACCGAUCGCGCCAGCCUUCGACUCGUUCUCGAUCCAUCAAGCACUCAGCUACCGCCACCAACGCUCAAAACCCAAAGACACCAGUACAUCCCAAGCCAGGCAACAUUCACACGAGAUUCUCCUCACACCUCGAUACGGGCUCCUGUACAAGUUCUUCCUCGCCGCAAAGGAAAUGACUUUUGACGAAACCGCCGCAUGA